AUGAUAUUUUGAGUAGACGCAUCCCAUACCAAAAAAUUACUCAUUACCAAACCCGUCCAACCAUCGACCUAAAUUUUGUAUUUAAAUAAGUGAUUGCAAGUUGCAACUAAACUCUUGACCUUUAUUAUGAUCAGUCUCUCUUUCACUCGGUAUCAUCGCUAAAAUAAAUCAUAUGCUCUUGGCUGUUUGCCUCGAGAUUUUCAUUUCCCCAAGGUUCUAAAAGUCGCCUCUUUCUGUACUAAUUAUCUUAUAAUCAAUCACAAACCUCUCCUUUUCAUAAUUUCAUUCCGAUCAAAAACGGGUACCACACUUCUUAAUCAUCCUCUAACACCAUUGCUUUCAUCUCCUUCACUAAACCUAUACCUCUUAAAUGAUUUCACAUCACAACGUCAGACUAACAAACGUAUGAGGUAUAACCCUUAGCAUGGGUAUAUUCGUCCUCACAACUACUACUAGCAACCAUGGAUAACCACUACAAACCUAAAAUCCAAAAGUUCGGCCGUUGGUUCUCUAAAAAACACAAGUCCAGACGUAGUCGCAAACAGCUUUCAGAUGAGUCUGGAGAUGAAUACGAGGAGGAGGAUAAUUCGCUUAUCAUGUCAUCGGACACCGAUCCAUGCAGCUUAACCAAUCAAUUACGGAUAUUUGUGGCCACGUGGAAUGUUGCGGGAAGAUCUCCAGCUGGUAGUUUGGCUGUUGAUUUAGAUGAAUGGCUGAAUGUUAAAGAAUCUGCCGACAUUUACGUUCUAGGAUUUCAAGAAAUCGUACCCUUAAAAGCUAAAAAUGUGAUCGGGGGAGAAGAUCUAACCGAAGCAAGAAGCUGGAAUUUGCUAAUUGGACAAAUACUUAAUGACAAAUGUGCAUGCCGAUGGAUUACGCCUAUGAUAAAUCCAGUGACAAGUGUAGUAGAAGAAGGUGAUCAAGGAGAAGUUAAUAACUGUGGUAGGUACAAACUAAUGGCAAGCAAGAAGAUGGUUGGUGUAUUCAUAAGUGUAUGGAUAAAUACAUCAUUAUUCAAUAGGUACAGCAUAUCGAGUGUGAAGGUGUGUGCUGUAGCCUGUGGGAUCAUGGGUUAUUUAGGCAACAAAGGGUCGGUGUCUGUUAGUAUGUUGAUUGAGGGAACGAGUUUCUGUUUCAUUGUUGCUCAUUUGGCUUCUGGUGAGAAGAAAGGAGAUGAAGGAAGAAGGAAUCACCAAGUUUCUGAUAUUUUCAAGCGAACGUAUUUCACUCGAGAUGAUCAUUUCACUCCGAGGCCUCUCACCAUCUUAGGACACGACCAGAUAUUUUGGUUUGGGGAUCUCAACUAUAGGUUAUUUUUAGAAAAUGAUUUAGCUAGAGAGCUAAUAAAAAAACAAGAUUGGAUAGCACUUCAAGAGUUUGAUCAACUAAGGCAAGAACUGGGAGAUGGUGGAGUAUUUCAAGGGUGGAGAGAAGGGAACAUUAAAUUUGCACCUACUUAUAAGUAUUCAGCAUUUAAUAGCAAUUGGUACUCGGGUACAUUUCCAAGCUUAGUAGGAGAAAAACAAAGGACCCCAGCAUGGUGUGACAGGAUCUUAUGGUAUGGUAAAGGGGUAAAACAACAUUCAUACUUUCGUAGUGAGAGCAAGUUCUCGGAUCAUAAGCCUGUGUCUGCUUUAUUCUCAACACAGAUUGAAGUCGUGAGGUCUAAUGAUAUAGGUUCCUCUAAGAGAAUCAAUGGAGAGGCUUCAUCUACCUUGCUUUCACUGAUUACCAGAGAUAAUGAUGCAUCACCAUCAAACAGAAAAUGCCAUAGAAGAAAGGGAAGGUUGUGA